CUGGAUUCCUUCGACAACGACCUCCGACGACCGAACAGCUUAAGCAAGCAAGCAACAGGAACGCAUCCACAGUAUAAUGUCGAGGACGAAUCCAGUCAUCCGGUUCUUACAAGCAUUAGCUCUCCUGCUGUGUCUCGUCUAUGUGCUCAGGAGGUCGGCUAGCGACAGCAAGUCUCCAUCAGAUUGGCACGUCUCGAGCUGGUUGGCACAGAAUCCUACCAAUCGAUUCAAACUUCCUCCGGAUUGCGACCCGUACGCUGAACUUGGACAUCUUUACACGGCAGAUGAGCUGCACGAUUCGAGAUAUAUCAUCUACAACGACCACAAGCAACCCGCGCUGGAUGCACCAGAUCAGGACUGGGUGGUCCCCUCCUUGACGGCGACGAUCCACGAGCACAAGUUCCUCGAAUUAGACUUCCUGAGGAACCGAUCGGUGAUCAUGAUUGGCGACUCGAUCGACCGAAACCUAGUCACCCACUUUGGCAGGAGGGGCUUGGCCGGCACGAAAGGACACCACAAGUUCUUCGAAAUCCCCGACCAAGCUCACAUCGCUACCUCCAAAUUCGAGUCCCAUAAGAUCGGAAUGGCCUAUCUACCCGAACUCAACUUCACAGUCUACAACUGGUUCCUCAUGGGUCUCGGCGUCAAGAAGGAGGUCCCAUUCUUCCACGCCCGCGAAGACUUACCUCAAGACUUCGAGAGCAAGAUGGAGACGUUCUACUUACCACUCCUACGCGCCAAUCUCAUCGCCAAGCCUGAUCUCAUCGUAUUUAACACCGGGUUUUGGGAUCUAGAAUAUCUAGCCAGAAGUCGAACGGCUCGAUACAACCUACCGGAUGUCCAACCCAGAGCCAACGAAGGGCCGACCGGACUGAAGAUCAUCAACCUAGGCGAUGGAAAUCCGUUGUCAUUAACCGAGUUGGCAUAUCAUAGAGUCAGACUUCGAAGCUUCUUGAAGACCUUAAUCGACUCCUUGAAAUCAAUCUAUGGUCCAUCUCAAAACUCAAAUUACCUCGAUCGGCCAAUCGAACUCAUGUAUCGAUCGAUGCAAUUGGGCAAUGCUAGUAUCACUAACGCCUUUGCUGCUGAACGGAUCCAUCAACUCGAAGAAUCUAAUCGACUGGUCCUCAAAGAAUUCAACAUCAAAAUCAUCGAAUGGGGUAAAAUGACUAUCGGUUUAGAUAGCCAAUUGGAUGACCCUUCCAUCCAUUAUGGUAUUGGCUCAGCUCAGUACAUUUUUGGAGACAUGUUGUUAUUUUAUCUUAAACGACUUAUUUCUGGAUCAAAAGAUGAAUGGGUGGGCUGCGAUUGGAUCCGAAAUCGUCACUUGCACUACCAAACCUGAGAAGCUCCUCAACUCCCGUACAUUCUCAAAAGAAUUGUGCACACAACCGCAUCCCUCCAGGAUUUUUGUCAGGGGACUUGA